AAAUAAAAUACCACUUAGAUUUAAACAGGACAAAAAUAUCUAAUAUUGUGUUGGGGUAGUGCUUCUUUGGUUUUAGGUAGUAGAGCACUGAGCACGAGACUUAAAAAAGCUACCAACAAAUAGGAGCAUUCAAGCCAUGGUCUUUGAUUUCAGAAGGAAAUGGAAAUUAUAAUUGCAAUUGCCUCAAAAAUUGGAGAGUCAUUGGUCGCACCAAUAGGAACAGAGUCUGCCUAUUUGAUUAAUUACCAUUCCAACCUAGAAAAUCUUAAGCGUGAGAUAAAAAAGCUCUGUGACAAGAAAAAUGAAGUGCAGGGAUGGGUAAAUGCUGCCAAAAGGAACGGUAAAUUUAUCCACCCUGAUAUUCAGAGUUGGCUAAAGAAUGUGGACGAAAUGAUCCAAAAAGUGUCGCAUUUUGAGGUUGAGAUUGACAGGAAAAGGCGAUGUAUGUAUCGAUGGAGCUUGAGUCGGAAAGCCUAUAAGAUUACACAACAUGUUCUCCAGCUCCAAAACGAAGGAACAUUUGAAAAUGUGGCCUAUGCUGCACCUUCACGAGAGAUAUGGUCAACAUUCAAAGACGGAUUUAAACAUUUCAAGUCCAGAAUGGAAAACAUGAAUGAGGUGAUAGAGGGUUUGAAGAGGGAAGAAGUAAGAAUGAUCGGGAUUUGUGGAAUGGGGGGUGUGGGUAAAACCACAAUGGCGAAAGAAAUCAUCAAAAGAUUAGCAGAACGGAACAUGUUUGAUAAAACUGUAAUGGCAACUGUGUCUCAAAGCCCAAGUAUUAAGACGAUCCAGUUGGACAUUGCAGCACAAAUAGAUUUGAAAUUUGAUGAGGAUUCUGAGUCCGGAAGAGCACUAAAGCUGCAUGACAGACUCAUGGAAAUAAGGAGGAUACUGAUUGUGUUAGAUGAUGUAUGGACAGAGCUUAAUUUUGAGGCUAUAGGACUUCCUUAUGGACAUACUCAUAAAGGGUGCAAAAUUUUGUUGACAUCACGGAAUUUGGAAGUCUGCAAUGCGAUGGAAAGUCAACAAAUUAUUGCAGUCCCAACUUUAACAACAGAAGAAUCACGGGAGCUCUUUAGAGAAAUCGUAGGUGAAUCCUUCGAUGAUCCAGAUUUCCAUUCCAUUGCAGAAGAGGUCGUGAAUGAAUGUGGAGGUUUACCUAUUGCAAUUGUAACUGUUGGAAAAGCCCUAGAAAAGAAAAAGAAGCACGAAUGGGUUAAUGCCCUUAAUCAGCUGCGAAAGUCUAUCCCAGAUAACAUCCCUGGACUAAACGGCAAAGUUUAUUCAAGCAUAAAAUGGAGUUAUGAUAGAUUGGAGAGUGAUGAAGCCAAGUCAUGUCUUUUACUUUGUUGUUUAUUUCCAGAAGAUUAUAGCAUUCCAAUUGAGGAUUUGGUUCGAUAUGGGUGGGAUCGAGGAUAUUUUAGCAGCAGCGAUACUUUGGAAGAAGCAAGAAAUAAAGUGCAUUCUUUGGUUGACCAACUACAAAGAAGGUUUUUGUUACUAGAUAAUGACUGGAGUGGGACUACAAAAAUGCAUGACAUAGUUCGCGAUGUUGUCAUAUCAAUUGCUUCAAGAGAUCCACAUGGAUUUCUGAUAAGAAGUAAUGCUGAAAAUAAAGGGUGGCCAAAUCUAGCUACAUAUGACCAUUACACUACAAUCUCACUUGUUGGCGAUUUGGAGAUUCAAGAUGGUUUGAAAUGCCCAAAACUUGAGUUUCUACAGACGAUGAAAGGACGUUUUUCAGAAGGUAGCAUGGACAACAUUUGUAAGGCGAUGAAAGAACUGAAGGUUUUAGCUUUGGUGCAAAUGGAAAUGGAAGACCUAGGCUCAUCAAGCUCACUAGGAUUACUGAAGAACCUGCGGACCUUGACCCUAAAUGGGUCUAAAUUUGAUGGCAUGUCUACUGAUGUUAUUGGGAGUUUGGAGAAUUUAGAAAUCCUCAGCUUUCGGGAUUGUGAUUCCAUGCGUGAGUUGCCGAGGGAAAUUGGACGACUUAAACAGUUAAGGUUGUUAGAUACGACAAAUUGCAGGAAUCUUGAGGUGAUUCCACAUGGUAUCUUCUCCAGCUUAUGUAGACUUGAAGAGUUAUAUAUGCUUGAUAGCUUUAAUAAAUGGGAAAUUGAAACAGGAAGAGAAGAGAAGGGGAUGGCAAGCAUUUCUAAGGUGAUGUCUCUGUCUCAUCAUUUGAAGGUUCUAUCCAUAAAUAUACCCCCCAAUUUCAUCCACUUGUUGCCAAAAGACUUAGUCUUGAAAAGCCCAAGAUUCGCUAUACGGCUUACACCAGCAAGGUAUUGUUUCCCCACAACUUAUGCAUUCGAAAAUUGUUUGGCAAUUGAUGAAAGUGAUGCGAGGGAACUGAUGGAGAGUCAAGCAGUUAGACUUUUGUUGAAAAAAUCUAAAAGAUUGAUUUUGAACUAUGUUAAGAAUUUCUCUGUCCUCACUGAUUUAGACCAAGAGGGAUUUCAAGAUUUGAAAGUUUUGGCUCUUUUGAAUUGUCCAAAUACCGAGUAUCUUGCAAAUGGAACAAGUGCGACCCAACAGGCACUCUUUCCUCGCAUACAGUCAGUUAGUAAGCUUUCGGAUGGCUUUUUGACCAACCUAAGAUGCCUUUAUUUGACAAAUUGUGAUGUCUUAAAAUAUGCCUUUUCACUAUCAGUAGCGAGAAACUUGGUACAACUCCAGGAAUUAAACGUUAAUGGAUGUGAUCAAAUGGAAGAAAUUGUGUCGAAGCAGGGGAGGGAACAUGAGGAGGAAGCCGAUAUGAUAUCUUUCCAUAAAUUAACCAAUUUGACUCUCGAGGGUCUAGGGAGUUUGGUUGGUUUCUUCCAAGCCAACAAGCUAUACUCCAACCAAGAGGAAACAACGGCAAGGGUUGAGCAUCAAUCUGCAGGCAUAUUUGAAAAAGCAAUAUUUCCAUCAAAGUGCAUUUCAUGGUUUCCAUGUUUAGAAGAGGUAGAAUUGGAAGAUAUGAAGUUUGAAGGCGUGCUAUUUGAUCUGAAAAUCCAUGGCCAGACAACUCCAAUAUUUCCCCAGUUAAGUAAGUUGGAGAUAAUCCAGGGUUCGUUUACACACUUGUGGAAAAACAUUUCGUCUGGAUUUCAGGGCUUUCGAAAUUUGAGAUAUUUGGCAAUGAGAGGAUGUUGUGGUCUAAAAUAUGUGUUCUCGCAUUUAAUUGCCCGAGAACUUUUGAAUCUUCAAGAGGUAAAGAUAUCUAGAUGUCCGGACAUGGAAACUAUAGUUAGAAUCACAGAGGAAAAUGAAGAAGAGGCGACAAAAUACAUGAUUUUGUUUCCGAAACUGAACACAUUUGAACUAAAAUACCUGCCUCGUCUCACAAGUCUUUGUCCAGAGGGAUUUACAUUUCUAUGGUCAUCCGCAAAAAAUAUGCACGUGAAAAAAUGUGAAAAUUUGAAGACAUUGGGUGCUGUAAUUCCACAAAGAAAGAAGUUGGAGAAUAAGUCUGAGAAGGAUUCAACAAGUCAUGAUUUCAGCACUUCCCCAACAAGUUCAUCAAAUUGGUGCCCCGCUGGAUGUGGAUGCGCACCAUAUUCAAGACCAAACGCCCACCGCUCCAUUGAAAUAUUGCCACGUCCAGUUAAUUUGGAGGUUACACCAACUAAUCUUGAGGACUCAAAUGAUGAUGAUGAUAAUCUCGAAAAUCUUACUGUAAGUGACUGUAAUUCAAUGGAAGUGAUUUUCCAACUAAAGGGACCGAAGCAUGAAGAAAGUAAUCACUCCAUUGAAGCAUUCAAUAAAUUGAGGUCCUUCCAGUUACAUAAGUUGCCAAGUUUAACGCGUGUUUGGGAGGUGGGUAGUUCACAACCAAUGUUCACAGGAAGCAGUUUUGGAAACUUGAAAUCGUUGCAGGUCGAUUGUUGCAACCAGUUGAAAUACUUGUUUCUGUCCUCCAUAGUCAAACUUCUCGUGAGUAUAGAGGACAUAGAAGUUAAGAAGUGUGAGCAGAUGGAAGAAAUCGUUGCCGCAGAAGAAGAAACUGAUGGAACAAUUACAUUACCUAAAGUGAAGUCCAUCAAGCUUCAAAGUCUGCCAAAACUCAAGUAUUUUUGUGGUGAAGCUUAUACUUUGAAGUUGCCGUCUUUGGAGUUAUUGAAGGUUAUUAAUGUGCAAGACAUAAGGCCAUUUGAUUCUAAGCUUGUUGACACGCAUAAUCCCCGAUUGCAAGUAAAACCCACAUUUCGACAGGAAUGGACAAGGUAUGCUUUAGAUUAAUGGACAAGGAAUCAACAGUUCAUAUUUAUUUUGAGAAAAGUGUUCUCAAAAUUUAGUCAAAUACCAUAUAUAUGUGCAUAUGUUCACACUAAAGUGUAUUCAAGUAAUUUUAUUUUUUAAAACUCAAUUCUAUCCCAAGAAAACAUCUGUCUUUUAUUUCUAAAACUGGAAGGAUAAUGAUGAUGAAUUGUACAGUGAGGAUGAAAAUGAAGAUGAGAAUUCUAUGGCGAGGAUGAAGAUGACGAAAUCGACGGCGAGGAUGAAGAUGACGAAAUCGACAGGGAGGACGAACACAAAUGACUGAUCAAGCACAAAGGACAAGAGUUUACAGAACGUUGUGGCUUCAGCAAUUCGUUUACCAUAUCAUAUGUACAAGCCAAUAAAAGGUCAUUUGUUGCACCAGAAUUUCAUUCCAAAAAUACUAUUUAUGUUGCUUAUUUGAUGUAUUAUAAAUUUCGAUUGUGAUUAUUACUGUUUGUUUCUAAAUUAGUGUUUGCUUAUUUGUUAUGGUAAUUUGGAAAAGUUGUCUCUAGCUACCAAUAUUUGCAUUUCAAUUUAUAAUGCUAAAAGUUCUGUAAUACCAUAGACGUGUAAGAUGAAUGACAUGCUGGAGGAAUGACA